UUGGCUGAAUAUUUCAGUUUUGCAAGUUUUUAUGAUGGCCUUGAGUGACUUACUCGAUACGGAGGAAGUGGCUUCCAUUGGAUUCAUGUGUCCGGAAAUGAUUUUAGAAACCGAUUUGCAUAGUGAUGCUGAUCGUAUCCUACUAUACAUGAUACAUGUGAUGGAAAAACAAAAAUCUAAGCAGUUCAUCUUAUGCCCAUACCAUGAAAAGAAUCAUUGGGUUCUUUUGGUCUUAUGCAUGGCUAAGCGUGAAGUCAUCAUCUUUGAUUCUUUGAGGCAGAAGCGAAAUUUAGCAAUUAAGUUUGCAAUGACAAAUGCUUUUCGAAGUUUUAAGGCAUUAAGUGGACAAUCUAGGGGAAGUAAAUUGACAUGGCAUUUGGGACAGUGUCCUCAACAAUUGGGUGGACGUGAGUGUGGCUACUACGUCAUGCGUUAUAUGUACGAAAUACUUGAACAUCACCAUAGCAGUGAAGAUCUUAUUCAGGAUUUUUCAAGAACUACACCGUACACCGAGGAGGAGAUAAAUGAGAUCCGAGAUAUUUGGGCAGAGUAUUUUAUAUGUAAUGUUGAACUUUAGAUAUACCACUUAGCGCAUGUUUGACUCUUGUUUUGGAUUAUAGGCUUGAAAUGAAGUAAUUUGGUUAAUUGGUGUUGGGAUGAUGAGUAUAAUGUCUAUGAUAUUGAGAUGUAAAUUAUUGGACAGGUUGUUAAUAUAAUGCCGUCAUUCCCAAUUUUAUGGGUAGGCCAAAUUACAAAGGAGACUCUGCCGAAAUUUACAUUUGCAUUAUUCAAUAAUAUUGCAUUUUAAUUUCAA